CGACGGCGGACUUUACGUAUUCAAGGCCGGAGCCAAAUGACAAUUGAGAAAAACAAAGUUUACGGUUCCAGUUAUGUCCACACAAAAUGUCCCUAAAUAAAUAUUCUUCCUUUAAAGAGCCUACUGUAGUGUUGACGACAAGUUAACUGCUCUCGGAUUUCUCUUCACAGGAAUUAAAUGAGAUACAUCUACCAUCUCUUCUCGGUAACAUAAACUAUGCCAAAAACGCUUAAAGGUCUUGUUAGUCGUCAUAAGAAGCGUUUUCAACAAGAUGGGUUUGAUUUAGAUCUGAGUUAUAUCUCCAGCAGAAUUAUUGCAAUGGGAUUCCCUGCUGUUAAGCUUGAGGGUGUUUAUCGUAAUCAUAUUGAUGAUGUUGUACGCUUUCUACAAACACGACAUGCGAACCACUACAAAAUCUAUCACCUAUGUGAUGAAAGAGAUUUUAACGUUUGUCGAUUUGAUGGUCCAGUCGCAAAAUACCCGUUUUCUGACCAUAAUGCUCCUCAGUUUGAACAAAUCAUUGCUUUGUGUGAAGAUGUAAAUGAAUUUCUUAGUCAAGAUCCUAAAAAUGUCGUUGCAAUUAACUGUAAAGCUGGAAAGGGGAGAACUGGUGUUAUGGUCUGUGCAUGCCUUCUUCGACUACAUGAUGUUAUGAAUGCAGAGGAAGCACUGAAAUUCUAUGGUGAACAACGAACUGACAAUGGUAAAGGUGUAACAAUACCUAGUCAACGGCGUUAUGUACAUUAUUAUGAUUUAUUCCUAAAAAAUAAUCUAGAGUAUCAUAGAAUCCCUAUUUUCUUAACAGCUGUACGUGUUUGUGGAUUACAGUAUUUACCAGGCCUAUUGUUAGAUCUACAAUUGUAUACAUUUGAUUCAUCUCAUGUGUUUGAACAAAAUUGUGCAACAUUAUCUUCAGAACCGAUACAUCAAAAUGAAGUUCUUAUAAAACCGAAACAAGAUAUUCUGUUAUUUGGAGAUGUUCGAGUUAAAUUCUAUGCUAGACACCAUAUGUUAAAUAAAAAAAUAUGUCAACUAUGGUUCAACACAUACUUCGUACUACAUGAAGAAGGGUCAUCUAAUUGUGUAUCCAGUUCUAAGGAAGGUUUUAACAAUGACCACUGUACAUGUGCAUUUCCACCAUCAACAAUAGCAUCAUCAUCUCGUGGACCGUUACUUGGCCAUUCAUUUCUAAAAUUACCGCUUUCUGAAUUAGAUAAAGCUUAUAAAGGGAAGUCGAAAUUCUUGACAGCAGAAUGUAAUAUUACUUUGUAUUUUACAUGUCCCUAUUGUAUCGAAAGAAAAAACAAUCAUUUGCAUAUGAAUAAUUCUAAUCAGUCACUUCCGAAAACAUUAGAUUUACCAACAGAUGAUCAGAAAGCCAUUUCACCAACGAAGCGUGCACUUGUCCAUUGGGCGACAUCUUUAUCUCAUCCCUACUUAUUGUCUCCAUCGUCUACAAAAUCUAGAGACUUGCAGAAAGUAAGUGAUGUGCAUUGUGAGGGGAGUCCUAGUUCAAUACCCAAAGUAAAUGUAACUGAGGUAUCCGGAUGUCAAAAUAUUGGGGCACUUGAUAAAUCAAAUAGUUUAUUCCCACUAGAAUCUUUACCAUCAUGUUCAGUUGUCAGUAACCAUGACCGAGAUGUCAGUUCUGAUGAGGAAGAAUAUGAUGACGAUGACAAUUACGACAGUGAGGAACACGACAGUGAUUGUAAUAUUCAUGUGGAGCACAAAACCACUUUUCCCGUUACUGCCACUACUUCCCUAUCGCGAAAUACUAACAGUUCACCAUCUUUGUUAGCUCACAAAAGGAAUCUUUCGUUAAGAAAUAGAACAGAAAAAUUAAAUACAUCAAUUAAAUCAAAUCAAUUAGUUACUGAUGUGAUAAAAACGCCUAAUAAAGUGGAGCUAAUAAAACCAACAACUGCUGUUGUCCACUAUUUUGUAAAACAUCCGCAAUUGAGACGUCAAUCAUCAGAGACUACAUUAAAUCAUUCAGUUAGUUGAUGAAUAUAUUUAAAUGUAUUUUUUGUGUCCAACUGCUUUAUAAUUUUGUACAGACUGCACCAAUUCGUGUUUAAACUUAAUAAUGAAAACUAAAAGGUGAUAACACAUAUGUACAUCUGACAUCAAAUCAUUAAUUUAUCAAGAGACAUCUCAAGAAACAUAAUAUUAUUGUGAAUGAAUUCUUUAUCUUAUCAAAAUGUAUUUUAUUAAUUUAUAUACUUUUAUACUUGUAAAUAUUUUAUUGUUUUCUUUUGUUUUUGUAUAUUUAAUCAACUUCCCUAUACUGAAACCAACUUUUUUGUGUAUAGAUUUUGUUCCUCAAGUUGUUAAGUGAAGAACAUUUCACUCGAUUUUAUCAACAGACAUUUUCUGAUUUCUAUGCUUAGCGUGGCUGGGACAAAACUUCAUUGUAUAUUGAAAUGUAACACUAUAACUCAGUAUCAAUAGCUUCAUAUUAUAGAGGAAUAUUAUCGUCGAGCUAACUCUCAAUAAAAUAUAAUACUGUA